UAAUUUCAUAAAUUUCAAUCAAUCAAUCAAUAUAAAUGGAUUAUUAUUCAAUUCAUCAUCAAUAUAUCAUUCUAGCUGUGUUAUUAUUAUGGCCAGUGGCCAUUGUUCUGGCACGAACAUUCAAUGAACCAAAAGAAUUGGAAUUAAAAUCAGUUCAUGUUCUAAUGCGUCAUGGUGAUCGUACGCCUACACAUUUCUACCCAAAUGAUCCAUUUCAAGAUGUGGAAAAAUAUUGGCCCGAAGGUUUAGGUGAAUUAAAUGAUCGUGGACGUUUACGUAUCCAUUUUGCUGGUGAAUAUUAUCGUAAAAUUUAUGAUAAAUUUUUACGCCAAACAAAUGGUUGGCCACAACAUUGUUUAUCAUCACCGGCACAUCGUGCACAAGAAACGGCAAUAUUAUUUAUGGAAAGUUUUCUUAAUGAUACAAAAAUUGCUUGUGAAAUCUAUACAGAUGGUAAAAUGUUAUCCACUGGUGAAAAAUGUCCCCUUCAUGAUCGUGUUUGGUUACAACAGAUGAAUACAAAAAUGGUUAAAAAUUAUCUUGAUUCCAAACGAGAUUAUAUUGAUUAUUUGUCCACAAAAACUGGUCAAGAUUAUUGGUCCAAAGAAUCAUAUACAUUAAGAAAUAUGGAAUUUUUAGCAACAACAUUAGAAAUAGAACGUGAUGAAUAUCGAUUAUCAGUACCGGAUUGGGUGCAAAAUCAAACAAUCAUUGAACAAUUGAAUGAUAUGAAACAUCAUGCAUUCUGGUAUGAUUGGCAACCACAUGAAAUACAAAAACUUCGUAUUGGAUUAUUGUUGAACAAUAUUACUGAACAUAUUCGUACAUUAAUGAUGAUCAAUGAUGAUGAUAAUGGUGAAAAAAAUGAUCAUCAACGUUUUUUUCUUUAUUCAGCACAUGAUGUUAAUCAGGUAAUUUUACUUCAAUCACUUGGAUUAUAUGAACAAAUUGAUCGUCAACCACCAUCAUAUAGUUCGGGUAUUGUUUUUGAACAUUAUCAAACUGUAUCAUCAUCUAUGACUAAAGAAACAAAACAUUUUAUACGUAUAAUUUAUCGACAAAUUUUAAACAAAAAUCCAAUCUUACCAAAUAAUCAAACAAUGACAUUCAAUGUUUCCGAUCAAAUAUUAACAAUGGAUUAUUGUCAUUCUUCUAGCCAAAUGAAAUUCAAUAACAUUGAUGAUCAUAAUGAAUUUUGUCCAUUUGAAAAAUUCAUUAAAUUUACACAACCAUUAUUGAUAACGAAUGAAAAUGAUUGGUAUAAUGAAUGUUAUGAAUCGAAUCAUAUUGUUGAUCAUAUUAUGGCCAAUCAAUCGAUGAUAAUUAUAACUUUGAUAUUCACCAUUAUGAUGACCAAAUAUUAUUCUGUAAUAUAAUUAUUAUUCGAUAAUAAUGUUUUUUUUU